AUGUCUUCAUUCAGGUCCGCCCAACGUGCAGUCCGUGCUUCUGCACCUCUGCUUCGUUCUUCACCUCUCAUCACCAACCGGGGCAGCCAACGUUUGUUUCACGAGUCUAGCAAGGCCAAGGCCGUAGAGGCUAUCGCCACCCAGACACCACUGAGCAACGGCCCGCCCCCUCCCCCUUAUGUGGCCCAACAGGUUCAACAGCAGCAACUUAUUUCGCAGCCAACACCCAAGGUAGAGGGCUACGCACAGCUUAACGUCAGAGAUCAGGCGUAUAACCCCAGGUUCUACGAGACCAUCGGCAAGAUCAUGAAGCUUCGCGAAAAAUACCUGCGUGAUCGUGCCAUCUUCGUCGAGUCUGAGGAGAUGAUUGGACUUAUGCUCGGGCUCGGUGCCAAGGAGUCUGACAUCCUCGGCAUGAAGGCUGUCUCAGACAAACUGUAUCACGACCCUACCCUGCCCUUCCGCCUGACUCGCAACAGCCGCUUCUGUCUCGACUUUGAUACGCACUCUAUUCGCCGCCUAGAGUUUCAGCCCUUUUGCCUGUCCGUCGAAGAAGACUUCAACCGUUACGACUCUGGUGCCAUCCGCCGCUUUGACGAGGUUCAGAAUGACUUGCAGCUCAACUCAAUCUUCCAGGCCCUCUUUGUAUUCAAGGCCAUGAUCAUCCAUGGCAUGGAGAUUGCUCACCGUCCCAAGCUAGAGUACGGAAUUAACAAGUGGGUGUGCACCCUCUUCAGCCUCCGCACUGUUACCACUCCCCAUAUUCUGGGAGAGCCUGCUCUCGAGGGUGUGCACGCUGAUGGUGUUGACCACACCAUGACCACCUUCUUGGGAAGCUACAACAUGUCGGAUAACAGUGCUGCCACAUUUAUGCAUGACAUGGAGGAGAAGACCGGCAUCCCCCUGGAACAGAUCCAGCCUAUCCACUUGCUUGGCCGAGUCCAGCACAAGAGGUUCCUCGAUACACUCAUGAUCGUCGAUCACGAGCGUAAGCAUAGCUUGUCACCUGUGUUCCCCGUCGAUAAGACCAAGGAGGCGCACCGCGAUAUGCUUGUCUUCUUCACUCGCAAGCCUGUGGAGCAAACCCACGUGUCUGGCGGCAUCGACUCGCUCAACCCUCACAAGGACCUGCCUAUGGAGAUUCCUCUCUACUUGCCUGGGACUAACUAG